AACUCUUUUCUGUGAAUAUAUCUUGAGGUUACUUGCCCCGCCUGAGAAAAACUUGCUCUUUUUUGCCGGAGUAAGCUUCCUAAAUCCCAGUGUAGAAAGGCUGAAAUGGAGGUGGAAAUUAUUUCCAAAGAAUACAUCAAACCCUCUUCUCCAACGCCCCCUAACCUAAAAACCCACAAGCUCUCCUUCUUGGACCAGUUCAUUCCUACCGCCUAUGUUCCCAUAAUCCUCUUCUAUCCCAUGAAUCAAAGCACGGGCCAUUCUGUUGCUGAUAUUGUCUCUCAAAGAUCACAACUGCUAAAGCAAUCCCUAUCAGAAACCUUAACUCACUUUUACCCAUUUGCUGGAAAAGUCAAAGACACCAUCUCCAUCGAUUGUAAUGACGAGGGGGUUUACUAUGUAGAGGCCCGUGUAAACUGUCAUCUUCUUGAAUGCCUCAACCAACCCAACACUGCUUUAUUCUACCAAUUUCUUCGAGGAGAGGCCCUUGGGAAAGAGCUAACCGCUGGAGAUCAUGUUGCUAUGAUACAAGCGAGCACCUUUGCAUGCGGCGGUAUUGCCAUUGGGGUCCUUGUUUCCCACAUGAUCGCUGAUGGAACUGGCAUGAGUGUCUUUCUCAAAGGUUGGGCUACCACGGCUCACAAGGCCCGUGAAGCUGUAUUAUGUCCUAAUUUUGACGCCCCAUCAGUUUUCAUUCAAAACGAUGCACACUCUAGAGAAGAGUCUAACACUUACACCGCUUUGUUCAAUCCCUUCUUCAAAUCAGGCAGGUUCAUUUCAAGGAGAGUUGUGUUUGAUGCCUCGGCCAUUGCAUCACUCAAGGCCAAAGCAACAAGCCCAAGGGUACAAAACCCAACAAGAGUUGAGGUUGUCUCGGCCCUGCUUUGGAAAUGCAUGAUGGCUGCUUUCAAGGCCACUUCUGGUAUCCAUAUGCCAACUUUUAUCAUCCAUCCGGUGAACUUCCGUCGAAGAGCAAUUCCACCAUUCGCAGAAUCUUUCAUGGGAAAUUUAAUUUGGUCAGCACUCGCAUCAUGCACGGGCGAGGAGAUAGAGUUGCCGGACAUGGUUUGUAAGCUGAGAGAAGCAAUAACAAAAAUCGAUGGUGAUUUUGUCAAAAGCCUACAAGGUGAUGGGGGGUUUGCCAAGCACCGUGAGCUUGUGAAGGAAAUGGUUGGGGCAUGCGCAAGUGCGGCUAGUUCUAGUGGAAUGAAUUACAUUACGUUUACGAGUUGGUGUAACUUUGGUCUCUAUGACAUUGAUUUUGGGUGGGGAAAGCCGAUAUGGGUAAGUUUGGUUGGUUCGAACGGCAAUUCGGAGGCCGUGCUCCCAAGUCUGGUUCUGCUAAUGGACACAAGAUCCGGUGAUGGAAUAGAAGCGUGGGUGAUGUUAGAUAAAGAAGAUAUGAUUGUAUUAGGACAAGACAAAGAACUCCUUGCUUUCGCUUCCUUGGAUACUAGUCCCAUAAACUAGAAAAUAUAUAGCGAUGUAGGCUUGAUCAUGCAUGUUGAUCAAUAAAUUUGUUCGAGUGUUAGAACAAUAUUAUCUAAAUGUUUAAUUUUCCUUUUCCCUAUAUGUAAUAUUGUAAUGCCCCUAUGACAUAUAAACAAUAGCAGAGUGACUCCCACAUAUUUCUUAUAUAUCGCUUGGGGAAAAAUGCAAAA